AUGGAUUUCGGGUCCCUGGAGACGGUGGUGGCCAACUCGGCCUUCAUCGCUGCCCGCGCCAGCUUCGACGCAAGUAGCGGCCCGACCUCCCGGGACAGGAAGUACUUGGCCCGGCUCAAGCUGCCCCCACUGUCCAAGUGCGAGGCGCUCCAGGCGAGCCUGGACCUGGGCUUCGAGAGCGCGUGCUCGGAGCAGCCCAUCGGCAAGCGGCUCUUCCAGCAGUUCCUGCAGGCCCACGAGCAGCACGUGCCGGCCCUGGGGCUCUGGAGGGACAUCGAGGACUACGACACCGCCGAUGACGACCUCCGGCCGCAGAAGGCCCAGGCCAUCCGGGCCGAGUACCUGGACCCCCAGGCCAAGCUCUUUUGCGGCUUCCUGGACAAGGAGACGGCGACGCAGGCCCGGGAGGGGCCGGCGGAGGCCGGGGCCGGGCUCUUCCAGCCCCUCCUGCGGGCCACCCUGGCGCACCUGAGCCAGGCCCCCUUCCAGCAGUACCUGGACAGCCUGUACUUCCAGCGCUUCCUGCAGUGGAAGUGGCUGGAGGCCCAGCCUGUGGGCGAGGACUGGUUCCUGGACUUCAGGGUCCUGGGGCGGGGCGGCUUCGGGGAGGUGUCUGCCUGCCAGAUGAAGGCCACCGGGAAGAUGUACGCGUGCAAAAAACUGAACAAGAAGCGGCUGAAGAAGAGGAAGGGCUACAAGGGCGCGAUGGUGGAGAAGAAGAUUCUCGCCAAAGUCCACAGCAGGUUCAUCGUGUCUCUGGCCUACGCCUUCGAAACCAAAACCGACCUCUGUCUGGUGAUGACCAUCAUGAAUGGAGGCGACAUAAGGUACCACAUCUACAACGUGGACGAGGAGAACCCCGGCUUCCAGGAGCCGCGCGCCAUCUUCUACACGGCCCAGAUCAUCAGCGGCCUGGAGCACCUGCAUCAGCGGGGCAUUAUCUACCGAGACCUCAAGCCCGAGAACGUGCUCCUGGACGACGACGGCAACAUCCGAAUUUCUGACCUUGGGCUGGCCGUGGAGCUGAAGGAAGGGCAGACCAAGACCAAGGGCUUCGCGGGGACUCCAGGCUUCAUGGCCCCGGAGCUCUUGCGGGGUGAGGAGUACGACUUUGCCGUGGAUUACUUCUCCCUGGGCGUCACGCUGUAUGAGAUGAUCGCGGCCAGAGGCCCCUUCCGAGCCCGUGGAGAGAAGGUGGAGAACAAGGAGCUGAAGCAGCGGGUCCUGGAGGAGGUGGUCACCUACCCCGACAAGUUCAGCCAGGCCAGCAAGGACUUCUGCGAGGCGCUGCUGCAGAAGGACCCCGAGAGGCGCCUGGGGUUCAGGGACGGCUCCUGUGAUGGGCUCCGCGCCAGCCCGCUCUUCAGGGACAUCAACUGGCGGCAGCUGGAGGCCGGGAUGCUGACCCCCCCCUUCGUCCCAGACUCCAGGACUGUCUAUGCAAAGAACAUCCAGGACGUGGGUGCCUUUUCCACAGUAAGGGGCGUGGCCUUUGACAAAGAGGACACAGAAUUCUUCCAGGAAUUCGCCACCGGCACCUGCCCCAUCCCUUGGCAGGAGGAGAUGAUCGAGAAGGGCAUCUUUGGGGACCUGAACGUGUGGCGGCCUGACGGGCAGAUGCCCGACGACAUGAAGGGGAUCUCCGUGCAGGAGGCGGCCCCCUCGUCCAAGUCGGGGUUGUGUCUGGUUUGCUAG